GGGCAGGGGUCACUGGAGAAGGCUGGGGACAUUGGUUGCGGGGAGGGCAGAAGCUGCCUUAUAACCCAGCCCUGGAGUGACCUGGAUCACUUGCUGCUGACCAGGCUUUGCCCGCUCCUUCAGCCUCCUCGCAGGAACAAACCAGCACCAUGCCUUAUCAAUACCCAGCGCUGACCCCAGAGCAGAAGAAGGAGCUCUCUGACAUAGCUCACCGCAUCGUGGCUCUGGGCAAGGGCAUCCUGGCUGCAGAUGAGUCCACAGGGAGCAUUGCCAAGCGGCUGCAGUCCAUCAGCACUGAGAACACUGAGGAGAACAGGCGCUUCUACCGCCAGCUGCUGCUGACUGCCGAUGACCGUGUGAAUCCCUGCAUUGGGGGUGUCAUCCUUUUCCAUGAGACACUCUACCAGAAGACAGAUGAUGGGCGUCCCUUCCCCCAAGUUAUCAAAUCUAAGGGUGGUGUUGUGGGCAUCAAGGUCGACAAGGGUGUGGUGCCCCUGGCGGGAACAAAUGGCGAGACUACCACCCAAGGGCUGGAUGGGCUGUCUGAACGCUGUGCCCAAUAUAAGAAGGAUGGAGCAGACUUUGCCAAGUGGCGCUGUGUGUUAAAGAUUGGGGAACACACCCCCUCGUCCCUUGCCAUCAUGGAAAACGCCAAUGUUCUGGCCCGUUAUGCCAGCAUCUGCCAGCAGAAUGGCAUUGUGCCCAUCGUGGAGCCUGAGAUCCUUCCUGAUGGGGACCAUGACUUGAAACGUUGUCAGUACGUAACUGAGAAGGUGCUGGCUGCUGUCUAUAAGGCUCUGAGUGACCACCACAUCUACCUGGAAGGCACCUUGCUGAAGCCCAAUAUGGUAACCCCAGGCCAUGCGUGCACCCAGAAAUUUUCCCAUGAGGAGAUUGCCAUGGCAACCGUCACGGCACUGCGUCGCACAGUGCCCCCUGCUGUUCCUGGGAUCACCUUCUUAUCUGGAGGCCAGAGUGAGGAAGAGGCAUCCAUCAACCUCAAUGCCAUCAACAAGUGCCGCCUGCUGAAGCCAUGGGCCCUGACCUUCUCCUAUGGCCGAGCCCUGCAGGCCUCUGCCCUGAAGGCCUGGGGUGGAAAGAAGGAGAACCUGAAGGCUGCCCAGGAGGAGUAUGUCAAGCGAGCCCUGGCCAACAGCCUCGCCUGCCAAGGAAAGUAUACCCCAAGUGGUCAGUCCGGGGCUGCAGCCAGUGAGUCCCUCUUCAUCUCUAACCAUGCCUACUAAGCGGAGGUAUUCUAAGGCUGCCCCCUCAACACUCCAGGCCCCAACCCCUCCCACAUUCUUGAAGAGGGGGGCCUUAUCCGGGGAUCUAGGCUGCUUUUCCAUCACUUUUGCCUCCCUUGUGACAUUGAUUUGUGGUGGUAUCCAUGUAUGCUAACUCCAUUGCUCUUUCCUGCCCACUGCCAAUAAACAACUAUUUAAGGGGGAA